AUGAAGCUGUCCAGUUCCACUCAUUAUUCACUCCUCCUCUGGUCCGCCAUCUCAGGUCUCACCAACGCUGCCUCGGAUCAUAACUCUCACCUCAAUGACGAUGCCCCUUGUGUGGCGCGCUCACCAACGAGCGGCCUCUACUUUGAUCUCAAUGCGAUCACGUUAUCGCCACCCGAAAUGAAGGACGGCAAGAAGGUCGAGAAGGAUGCGCGGGAAGAAAGCUGGCACGCCAAGGGGCAUGACUACCCCGCAAACUUCACCAUUAACGUCUGCGCGCCGGUCAUUGAAAAUAUCGAGGAUGUGGUUGGGGUGGAGUCUUCGCGGUGGAAGAAUGUCAGCGCAUAUUACGAGCAAUCGGGGAAGAUAUACUCGAUAGGUGAGCAAGCUUCUGAACCCUUCUUCAGGGGUCGCAAGCUUGUCCUCAACUAUACGAACGGCUCCCCAUGCCCCGGUGAUUUGAAUACCGCCAGCAAGAACUCCUCCGCGCGCACCAAGUCCACCAUCAUGUCCUUCCUCUGCGACCGUGAUGCACCGGCAAACACGGCCACUCCUUCCUUUGUGGGUACCAUGGACUCUUGCACGUAUUUCUUCGAGAUUCGCAGCUCGGCUGCAUGUGGAGGAAUCGCAGUGGACCCGAAUGAUGGCGGACUGGGGCCGGGUGGAGUCUUCGGUGUGAUCAUGCUCAUCGCUGUGGCUGCUUAUCUGAUUGGUGGCUGUGCGUAUCAACGGACAGUCAUGCACCAGCGCGGUUGGCGCCAGUGUCCCAACUUCAGCCUAUGGGCUGGCAUGUUCGAUUUUAUCAAGGACAUGUUCGUCAUCAUCUUCUCAUCGCUUGGAAGGUGUCUUCGCCUCAAGCGAUCCCCUUCGAACAGUGGAUACGUCCGCGCUGACGGUGAUAGCCGCGGCGGCUUCAUCGGUGCGAUUGGUGGCCGAGGCGGUGGUGGUCACGGCGGACGACGGGAUGUGGAUGCUGAGAAUCGACUUAUAGAUCAGCUUGAUGAGGAGUGGGAUGACUAG